GCGGGGGGGAGGGAAGCGAAGAGCAAAAAGCCAAUGAGCCUUUCAAGGUUAGGUCAUUAUCGAACCACCUACCAGCUUCCAGGUUGUGUUUAAUUAAUAAAAACUGCCCUUGCUACCCACAGGCCGAUCCAAGAAGCUGACCCCCCGCCCACUUUGCAGUGACCAAAAAAGAAAAGAAACGGCACUGCCAUUGGGAGAUCUGGAACCAGAUGAUCUCAGACGGGAUUCGAGUCUCAUGUCACCCCACCUUAGCUCCAGCCUCCAAUCGAAGCUCCCCUCAUCCAAUCCUCUUUCCCCGCGUCGUCGGACAUGCAGCCGUUCUUCCCCAAACCGGAAUGCAUGUGCUGUUCGCUGCCAGCCAGAGGAAACCCUUCCCACCAACCGAGACCAAACUCACAGGGUGCACCACACCCGACCACACCACGCCGCCACGCCACACAUCGACGGCUCCCAGCUGCAAGCUGCACCCCCCGCAUCGGCCACAAAAACAAGCAUCAAACCAGCAACCCGAACUGUGCAGCAUCCUGCGCCAAGCGUCAACGGGGCUAGAACGCCUACGAAUGGCCUCCCGUGGUCCGAUCCGAACAAGGGCAUCGUGGUCGGAGGCCUCCGUCCCUUCGGCCAGAGCCUUCCCGAGCCGAACCACUCCUGGGGCAUCUGGGAGCAGGACAUCAACACCACCCUCGAGCAUGCAACAUUGCGUUGUUUAAACGAGAUCUACUCUCUAUUACGUCACUUCCCCCAUUCUCUCCCACCCUUCCCUCUUUUCUUUUUUCUUUCUUUCGUAGCGAGUUACACGGUUCUCGAAACAACAACAACAACCAAACCCCCGGGAAGCGUUCCGAGCCAACCAACCACGGGACGAUCAACACCCACCCUCGAAUGCCGGCCGGCGUUAUCGGGCCUUGGCGUCUUUUCUCUCUUCUCCGCCGAGGAAUCCCAGAGGAACGCAAGGGAAGUGCGUAUUGAAAGACGCUGUACCACCGACCACGCUAUCUCCACGGUGCAGCGCUUAGUAGUACGUGCGCAGAUUACAAAAUGCUUUGUAUAACGUUAGCAAGCAGUACAAAGUACCUCCCGCUGCUUCCGCGGAC